GUUUACUAUCAAACAGAAGAGGAAAUGUGUGCUGGUGUUAUGUAGCUAAGGAUGGCUAAAAUGUAAUUAUUUUUAAAGCAAUGAUAUAUUAAAAGUCCAGAUAUGGCUGAGUUUCCUGAACAAGGAUAUCGACGGUCGGACACCGGUUUAUGACUCAGUCUUCACCUCCCCGGCUUGUACCUGAGGAGCUGCUGAGGACAGUAAGGAUGCUGCUGAAGAUGCCCCAGAAGCUGCUGAAGACUGCCAACUUCAUCGAGCUGGGCAGCUACCAGCACUGGCCGGUGCUGAUAACCCAGAGGAUAAGGCUGUACACCUACGAACAGAUCCCCCUCUUCCUCAGAGAAAACCCCUUCAUCACAGAUGGCUACAGGGCCCACCUGCCCUCCAAACUCUGCCUGAGGAGUAUUUUUAUGCUGUCCAAUGAGACUGUGAAUAUUUGGAGCCAUCUUCUGGGUUUCUUGCUUUUUUUCUACCUGGCGGUCAACGACCUCACCUCAGUACUGCCAGCCUCUGGAGUGAACAGAGAGGACUACGUCAUCUACGCUAUUGGACUCUUCUGCUUCCAGGUGUGCAUGUUAUGUUCUGUGGGGUAUCACCUGUUCUCAUGCCACCGAUCAGAGAAGACCUGCCGCCGCUGGCUGUCCUUGGACUACGCAGGAAUCUCUGUCGGCAUCCUGGGCUGUUAUGUGCCUGGGAUCUUCUACGCUUUCUACUGUAACGCUUUUUGGCGGCAGUUGUACCUGCUGACGGUGCUGUCGCUGAUCCUGGCCGUCUUCUGCGCUCAGGUCCACCCUCGUUACCUCAGCAACGACUGGAAACGGAUACGAAUGGCUAUCUUCUGCUGCGUGGCCGGCAUCAGUGUUGUUCCCUCCUGUCACUGGGUUGGGCUCAAUGGUGGAUUAUCCACUGAUGUUGUACAGUUGUUCCUGCCUCGCAUCCUAGUGAUGUACCUCAUAGCUGGAACUGCCUUCCUGUUCUACGUCACCAAGAUCCCUGAGCGCUAUUUCCCCGGCCAGCUGAACUACCUGGGUGCCAGCCACCAGGUGUGGCACGUGCUGGUGGUGUUGAUGUUUUACUGGUGGCAUCAGACGGCUGUUCACAUCAUGCAGUUCAGGCACAGCCGGUCCUGCCCCCGGACCAGCAGCAGCUAAGUGGAACUGAUCAAAUAAUGUCAUGUAAAGGCAAUCAGUUGCUGUCAGCAAACAUCAGUUAGAUCUUUUAAAAUUCAUGAAAUACUUCUUAACACUUAGCUGCUGGUUAUAAUGUGAUAGCUAAAAGGUAUACCACUGACUACCAGGAACUCUUGACUAUAAGCUGCAGAGGUGAAUGGUCUGCUAUAGCUUUCACUGACCUGUUGUUAAAGGCCAGUGUGUAAUCUACUGUCUCAUACAGUAGAUAUUAACUAAGCUACUGUAAAGCUAUAAUUCUUGUAACCACCAUAACCAUAAUAUUAAUGCAUGAAGCAAGAAUCCUAAUAGAAAAAAUACUACGGUUUGGUGUUUUUAAUCGAUGAUCAUGUUAUCUCAUGGUUAGUUUCUUUGUACAGAGAUAUUCAAAAGAACGACUGUACGGAUUUUUUUUAAUCAAUCAUAAUAGCCGGUGUGAGCAAUGAUCAUCUGAUUUUGUUACAUCUAUCAGCUCUUAUACGAUUGUAUGACUUUUUGUGAUGAAAGCGCAGAACAAAAAUCCUGAAACUGGAGAUUCAACUUAUGAACACUGUGAACUGUCUCUGGAAGAAAUAUUGUGUCACCACCUCAAGUAUUUUAACAUUUUGUUAAAGUUCAACAAUCAAUUAAUAUCUAAGAACAUUUGGGAACUUUAUUUUAGCCUUGUGUGUUAUUGUUCUUUUUUGUGGAAUUUUUAUUUUAUUUCUUUCGGUGUGUUUUGAACAAUUUUGAACAAAUCGUUACAAUGGCAAAUGCUGUAUCUAUAUAGUGGAAGCUCAUCUAAAUAACACAAAUACUAAUAGAGGUGAUUGGGAGUUUGGUUUUUGGAGCUCACUACAUUUUAAAAUGAAUAAUUUAAGCCAACGCUGUUUAUUUUAAAAAAAAAAUCAACCUGAGCCAGUAAAACUAUAAUCCUCAUUAGUCUAUUUAAAGUUGUUUUUUAAAUAAGGCCAGUUAAAGUGUUACCUUAAUCACAUUUAUUUUUAAUGUUGAGUGUUCAUUUUUUUUUUAACAUUUUACAAUCAUGUUAAAACUUUAUUUGCCUUAUUAACUUUGAGUGUUUCUACUGUAUACCCACAAACUGUUACAAUACGUUUUGGGGCAAUAACCCUCAGAAAAAAUUAUCAAACUCCGACCGAUUUCAUCUUUGCUGUUACACCACAAGGCCAGUAUGUUUUGUUUUCUAAAUGUAAUACCAUUUAGUGUUUGGAAUAAAUUAGGAAUCUGCUGCAGAGCUGGAAAUCAGGUGCUGAAAAAAGUGACUUUAUUUUGCCUUUUUGUGAAUGUGUGUUUUUAUUUUCUGAACUUGAAACCUCUAGUUAUCAAACUGCAUGAUCUUUUUUCUGAAUGAUCUCAUGAUUGUUUAAUCUCGUGAUUUCCUUAGACAUCAUUUGUAUGACAAAGCACUGGCACUGACUUUCAAAGUGUACAAUAUUUAUUUCAGUGCCUAUGUGAAAUUAUAUUUUUAAACAUUUUGAAUGAAUAAAGAAU